AUGAGUUCUACAUUUCUGGAGAAAGCUAUGCGGAUUGGCAAUGCCUUGUUGGAUGAUGAAACAGAUCAAAAGGGGAUGAUAGAUUAUGCGUGGGAUCAUGCUGUGAUAUCUGAUCGUCUGUACCAUGAUAUUAAGCAUAAAUGCAGCUUCACUUAUACAGUCCCACAUGUGUCAAUAGCACCUCCAGCAAUACCAGACACAGACCAGUUAUUCAAGGCAACAUUGCUCCACAAUUGGUGGCACAAGAGACCUGCUGUUGGCUAUGACCCUUUUGCAUCAGACUACACUGAGAUUUAUAUGAAUAGGCCAGACGUUCAAGAAACACUCCAUGCACCCCUCAAUCAGACUAGCUUUUUUUCUUAG